CAAAGCGCCACUUCCCCCCCUUGCCAGGCAUCAUGAAUUGUCCCGUCGUCCCCUUUUCUGCUUUCUCAAGACCCUCCUCUUGCAUUGGACACAUUCAUCACUGUGAGCGCAAAUGGCUGUCAAAACCACACCCCAGGACCUAGAGCAAGAGAUCCUCGAUCUUGAAUCCCGUCUACUUCAUGCCAGGAAACGGCUGGCUUUGGCAUCCUCUUCUCCUUCCACAUCGCUACCGCUGCGCACCGACGACGACGAUGACUUCGGAGUGACUCUCCCCAAGGAGACAAACCCCACAGCCACACCCUCAAUCCUAAGUUCGCACGCGUUCCUCCUGCUCUCCGACUCCGCCCUUCCGCUCGGCUCCUUCGCGUACUCCAGCGGCCUGGAAUCCUACCUGGCCCACAACAAGCCCCUCCCCCGCACCAUCACCCCGGUGGCCUCCUUCCACCGCUUCCUGAAACUCUCCAUCGCCUCCAUGGCCAGCACCUCGAUCCCCUACGUGCUGGCCGCAUACCGAUACCCGGAGGACCUGGAGACCCUGGACAACGACAUGGACGCCUCGACGCCGUGCAUCGUCGCGCAGCGGGCCAGUCUCGCCCAGGGCCGGGCGUUGAUCGGGGUGUGGGAGCGUUCGUUCCGGGCCACCUACGCCAGCGUGGGGACGACCGCGGCCCCGGCGGCCGCGGCCGCCGUGCGAGCCAUUGCGGAGUUCUCGGACGCGUUGAAGUCGUGCGGGGACACGGCGGAAGAGCUGGGGCCGAAGGGUCAUCUGGCGCCGCUGUGGGGGGUGGUGUGUCUGGCCAUGGGCAUGGAUGCCCGGCAGACGGCGUAUGUGUUCAUGCUGAACCAUGCGAAGGCGGUGCUGAGCGCGGCGGUGCGCGCGUCCGUGAUGGGGCCGUAUCAGGCCCAGAGCGUGCUGGCCAGCCAGCGUCUGCAAGACAUGAUCACCGAACGAAUCGAGAGGGAGUGGGAUACCCCCGUCGAAGACGCAGGCCAAAUCGUCCCACCGCUGGAUCUGUGGGUCGGGAGGCAUGAGCUGCUCUACAGCCGGAUCUUCAAUUCAUGAUUCAUCGAAACACGGCGUACAAAGCAUAGUUGCAUUUUUUGGAGUUCUUCGUAAUGGUUGGGAGGAGUAGGUUUGUGUUUUCCAUAGCAGGUCAGCGCGCGAGUUUGGGUCACUGGCGGCAUUUUUGAAGACUUAAUAAAUCUGGGUUUCAUCAUCUCUGUUUGGGUCUUUCAUCAGGAUAGUUUUUUUUUCUAGAGUUAAUCCUACAUGUGAGCUGCACACCUUAUCUCUUCUUCUUCCAGGUGCCGCUCGAACACACUGAUGUGGGUAUCCAAGGAGGACGCCUCGUAACAGGAACAGGGAAUCGAAUAUAACG